AUGUCUCUUCAUAUCUAUCUAUCUAUCUAUCUAUCUAUCUAUCUAUCUAUCUAUCUAUCACCUCCUCCUCCUCCACCACCUCCUUCUUCUUCUUCUUCCACUGUUCCUAUCUAUCUAUCUAUCUAUCUAUCUAUGUCUCUUUAUAUCUAUCUAUCUAUCUAUGCUCUUUUAUAUCGAUCCAUCUAUUUAUGCAUAUCUGUCUGGCCAUCUAUUUAUGUCUCUUCAUAUCUAUCUAUCUAUCUAUCUAUCUAUCUAUGUCUCUUUAUAUCUAUCUAUCUAUCUAUCUAUCUAUCUAUCUAUCUAUGUCUCUUCAAAUCUAUCUAUCUACCUAUCUAUCUUUGUCUCUUCAUAUCUAUCUAUCGAUGCCUCUUCAUGUAUAUCUAUUUAAGUCUCUUCAUAUUUUAUCUUUCUAUCUAUGUCUCUUCAUAUCUAUCUAUCUAUCUAUCUAUCUCUAUUUGUCUCUUCAUAUCUAUCUAUCUCAUUCUAUUCAUAUCUAUCUAUCUAUCUAUCGUCAAAGAAAACAUGACUCAGCCAUGUUUUCGUGUGAAAGCAAGAAUUAAACUAACUACAAAUGCGAGAACGUCUGCAAUUAUUCCACUGGGCCAUCUAUCUAUCUAUCUAUCUAUCUAUCUAUCUAUCUAUCUAUCUAUGUCUAUCUAUCUAUCUAUCUAUCAUUCAUCUAUUAUUCAUAUCCCAGUUUAUCCAUCCCAGUUUGUCCAUAUAUCUAUCUAUCUCAUCUGUUCAUAUCUAUCUAUCUAUCUCAUCCAUAUCUAUCUAUCAGUUUAUUCAUAUCCCAGUUUGUUCUCUAUUCAUCCAUCAUUCAUCUAUCUAUCUAUCUAUCUAUCUAUCUAUCUAUCUAUAUAUAUCUAUCUAUAUCUAUCUAUCUAUCUAUCUAUCUAUCUAUCAUCCCAGUUUGUUCACAUCUAUCUUCAUAUCUAUAUCUAUCUAUCUGUUCAUAUCAUCCAUAUAUCAUCUAUCUAUCUAUCAUCUAUUUAUCUAUCUAUCUCAGUUUAUUCAUCUAUCUAUCAUCUAUAUCUAUCUCAGUUAUCAUAUUUAUAUUAUCUAUCUAUUCAUUUUUAUCUAUCUAUCGAUUGUUUCAUCUAUUUUACUAUGAUUGAGCAUAUCUAUCUAUCUGUCUAUCUAUCUAUCUAUCGAUUUAUCUGCCUUUCAACAUAUCUUUCUAGCGUCAUUUCUGUCUAUCUGUGGUCAUAUCUACCUGUCUAUCUAUCUUUCUUUGAGCAGAUCUAUCUAUAUCUAUCCAUCUAUUUUACAUCUAUCUUUGAGUACAUCUAUCUAUCUAUCUAUCUAUCUAUCUAUCUAUCUAUCUAUCUAUAA